UGCCAGGAGCCAGGACAGAGCACCAGCAUGAGUUCUGGGGUCCACAUGCUGAGAGUUCUCCUCUUCCUCUUGGAUGUUGGAGGAGCUCAAGUGCUGGCGACCAGUAAGUCUGCCGGGGCUGAAAUCGAUUUCAAAUACGCCAUCAUUGGGGCUGUGUUGGGCAUAGCCAUAUCUGCAGGCUUCCUGGCUCUCAAGAUCUGCAUGAUCCGGAAACACUUGUCCGAUAACGACUCUUCAGAUAUGAAGAGCACACCUCAGGGAGUCAAUGAAACCAUCUUGAGGAAGAAAAGACCCUCGAGAGAUGCCCAAGUGAUGGAGCUGUGAGCAACCAGCUGUACCAACAGAGGUUUGGCAAGCUACACAACUGGAUACAGUUACAGUCUUAGGCUAUCUUGUGUUUCAAUACCCAAAGCUGCUGAUGGACCAUCACAUGGACUCAGUAUGGGAGCAAAUACCAAAAAGACUGGAACCAAAAAAGCCUCUGUCCUGAGGGGAGACAUCAGUCUCCUUCUGCAAGAGCCUCUGCGAAGGAGAUGAUCAAGUAGGUGUGCUGACUCAUGGAGAGCUUUGUGUGUGUCAACUGUUCUUACUGCUCUACUCUAAUGAUUUUGUGGCAACUGUUGAAAGGUGCCCAAUGUACCUGAGACACAGGACUGGCAAGGGCUCGGGAAACCCAUACCACACCACUUUUGUCAUCAAGCUAAGGUUCUGGGCAGAGACUCCAUGAACAUACUCUCACCUCAAACAUUAACCCAUAUUUCUAGGUCUGAGUCGUAGAGGACUCUGCCUUUCCAUUCUCCAGGAAUCCAGGUAGCCUCAUGGACUCAGUCUCUGCAGAGUAGGUUAUCCGAGUUGCGUGUGAUGAAAGAUGAGCUAUUUUUCAAAAACAAAGUGCUGUGUUAUAAUAAUCUGUCUGGAUUCCCAGGGCGUCUUUUGUCUGACUUGAUAACAAUGCUGUUCAUUAGCAGCCUUUGUUAACUGAUCACCUAAAGCGGUAACAUGAUACUCAUAAGCAAUUUUCUGUGUGUAAGAUAGAAUAAACCAUCUUGUAAGGGA